AUGCCGAGUGCCGAAACCAUGGCCAGUAACCCAACCACUGCCCUUGGGCAGCUUAAAACAACCGGAAAACAUGUCCUGUCCAAGCUUCAGCAGCAGACUUCGAAUGCCGACAUUAUUGACAUCCGCCGCGUUGCUGUGGAGAUCAACCUCAAGACCGAGAUCACCUCCAUGUUCCGGCCUAAAAGUGGCCCCAGACAGCUUCCGACAUUGCUUCUCUACAACGAGAGUGGCUUACAGUUGUUUGAGCGUAUCACCUAUCUUGAAGAAUAUUAUCUUACCAAUGAUGAGAUCGAAAUCCUCACCAAACAUGCCACCGAGAUGGCCGAGUUCAUCCCCUCGGGCUCCAUGGUCAUUGAGCUUGGAAGCGGAAACUUGCGCAAAGUAAACCUUCUAUUGCAAGCUUUGGAUAAUGCCGGCAAGGAAAUCGAUUACUAUGCCCUUGAUCUGUCUCGAGAGGAGCUGGAACGCACUCUCGCUCAGGUACCAUCCUACAAGCACGUCAAGUGCCAUGGUCUUCUCGGAACAUAUGACGAUGGACGUGACUGGCUCAAGGCCGCAGAAAAUACCAACAGACAGAAAUGCAUUUUGCACCUCGGAUCAAGUAUCGGCAACUUCAACCGCAGUGACGCCGCCGAUUUUCUCAAGGGCUUUUCGGACGUCCUUGGACCCAAUGACAAGAUGCUUCUUGGCGUUGAUGCUUGCAAUGACCCGGCGAGGGUAUACCACGCUUAUAACGACAAGGAAGGUAUCACUCAUGAGUUCAUUUUGAAUGGCCUCCGUAACGCCAAUGAGAUCCUCGGAGAGACGGCUUUCAUCGAGGGCGAUUGGAGGGUCAUUGGCGAAUAUGUGUAUGACGAAGAGGGCGGGAGACACCAGGCCUUUUACGCCCCCAUUCGCGACACUAUGGUUAUGGGCGAGUUGAUCAGGUCACACGACAGGAUCCAGGUCGAACAAAGCCUAAAGUACUCCAAAGAGGAGUCACAGAGGCUCUGGAGUAAGGCGGGAUUGGAGGAAGUCACGGUUUGGACGUACGGCGACGAAUACGGACUCCAUCUGCUCGCCAAGUCAAGGAUGUCAUUCAGUCUCAUUCCUUCGGUAUACGCUCGCACCGCACUUCCAUCUCUGGACGACUGGGAAGCCCUUUGGGCGACAUGGGAUAUCGUCACACGUCAGAUGCUUCCCCGGGAAGAGCUUCUGGAAAAGCCCAUCAAGCUCCGAAACGCCUGCAUCUUUUACCUCGGUCACAUUCCGACCUUCCUCGACAUCCAGCUCACAAAGACCACCAAGCAAGCCCCGUCGGAGCCAGCUUACUUUUACAAGAUCUUCGAGAGGGGCAUUGACCCUGAUGUCGACAACCCGGAGCUGUGUCAUGCACACUCGGAGAUUCCUGACGAAUGGCCGCCCGUCGAAGAAAUCCUGGCCUAUCAGGAGACGGUACGGUCCCGGUUGCGCGGUCUCUAUGCAGGCGGCAUGGAGAAUAUCCCGCGGAAUGUGGGCCGGGCCAUUUGGGUUGGGUUCGAGCACGAGCUCAUGCAUAUCGAGACGCUGUUGUACAUGAUGCUACAGAGCGACAAGACGCUACCCCCGACCCAUAUUCCGCGCCCCGACUUCGAGAAGCUCGCCAGGAAGGCAGAGUCCGAGAGGAUUCCCAGUCAGUGGUUCAAGAUUCCGGCCCAGGAGAUGACCAUCGGUUUGGAUGAUCCUGAGGAUGGAACGGAUGUUAAUACGCACUAUGGCUGGGACAAUGAGAAGCCCGUAAGACGCGUUCAAGUUGCUGCUUUUGAGGCUCAAGGAAGACCGAUCACCAACGAAGAGUACGCGCAAUACAUGCACAACAAAAACAUCGACAAGCUACCAGCCUCUUGGGCCCGCCUAGAUAACGACAAUGUUACCAACGGAACAAACGGCGUAAACGGUCAGAGCAACGGGACUUCUUCCAAGAUCCCAUCUUCCUUCCUCGAGAAAACCGCAGUCCGCACCGUCUACGGCCUUGUACCUCUCAAGCUUGCUCUCGACUGGCCCGUCUUUGCCUCUUACGACGAACUUGUCGGUUGCGCAGCCUACAUGGGUGGCCGUAUCCCUACCUUUGAAGAGACGCGGAGCAUCUACGCUUAUGCCGAGGCUCUCAAGAAGAAGGAAGCCGAGAGACAAUUGGGAAGGACCGUGCCGGCUGUUAAUGCUCACCUAACCAACAACGGCGUGGAAAUUACUCCCCCAUCCUCUCCCUCCUCCGAGACUCCCUCCUCCGAGACUCCCUCCUCCGAGACUCCCUCCUCCGACUCUCACUCUGAACCCCCUUCCUCCGACAACAACACCACCACCACCACCACCACCACCACCACCACCACCCCAACAACAUCAGACCUCUUCGCAGACCUAGACACCAACACCGCCAACGUCGGUUUCCACAACUGGCACCCCAUGCCCAUAACCUCCAAGCCCGACACCCUCCUCGGCCAAGCCGAGCUAGGCGGCGUAUGGGAAUGGACUUCUUCCGUCCUGCGCAAAUGGGACGGGUUCCAGCCUAUGGAGCUGUACCCGGGUUAUACGGCGGAUUUCUUUGACGAGAAGCAUAAUAUUGUGCUGGGAGGCAGCUGGGCUACGCACCCAAGGAUUGCGGGAAGGAAGAGCUUUGUUAAUUGGUAUCAGAGGAAUUAUCCUUAUGCGUGGGUGGGGGGGAGGGUUGUUAGGGAUUUGUGA